AUGGCUCUUCUGUUCAUGAAGACCGACAACGGCAUGAGGGCUCUUCAUGUCACUUCUGGCAUGGUUCUUGAUUUGAACCGGUUGGAUGAACAUGACAUCACGAAUGACAAGGGCAAGUUGGUUAGCCUUCUGGAGAACAUGAAAAAUGACCAAAUGCACAAGACACUUGAAGCACUUGAGUUCAAUGUCCCAUCAAGGAUGAAGAAAGCGGACUAUGUUGCUUUCUUUUUGCGUCAUUGGGAUGAAAUCAAGUCCAACGCGCUCAUCCUACAGACAAUCAAUGAGGCACGUGAGUUUGUUGCCAGUAUCCCCUUGGCAUCAUCUUCUUCUGGUGCUGACGCGGGUGCUGAGACUGGUGUGCCAAGUGCUUCUGCUACGGCUCAUGUGUUUGAGGGCAAGGGCUACAAGUUGGAAGAUGCCAAUACUUCCGUGUCAUCUGAAUGUGGUGAUGAAUGGACACAGAUUGAAGAAGUGAUGCUACGCAAAUUGCUGAAGGCAAAUCAAGGUGCUGUCAAAGUUGAUAGCGACAUCUUGGACAAGAUGCUCAAGAAGAAAUUCAAUGUUCAGUGCAAAAAAGUUCCCAAUGACCUUGACGGCACUGACCUAAACGAGAAGAAUGAGAACAAAUUCACCGCCAAGAUUUACAUCCCAACCAUUUCCGGAAGCGUCGUGGUGAAUUAUCACUACAGUGGUGGCACAGUGGGAGAAGAGCUUUUCCAAGUGCUUGAAGAAAAGACUGGUUUGAACCACAACACCAUUUGCUUGAUGAUUCCCAUGGGCAACUCUCGUCUCUUCGAGUAUGACAAUCUUGCCAACUACUUGUCUGAAGAGAACCGCUACACCGCAGAGGUUCGCCCAAUUCUUUUUGGUGGAGGAAAAGCCGUCAAAAAGGAGCAAGUCAAACAGGAGAAGGCAAAAGUUAGCGGUGCAAAGUUCGCAGAAAAGAAGGCGUCCAUCAACAUUGCAUCUUUGUCUUCCAUCGUCAGCAUCAAGGAGGCGGAGAAGGAGCUGGGCAAUUUCCUUGACGGUAUUGCCACCGAUAGCAUGGGAACUUUCAAUUCAUUGGUGUCAAAGAUGUCUCUUGAAGACACCAUGUUUGCCACGGAAAUCUUGCAGAAGAACAGCAACGCCGACUACAAGUUGCAAAAGAUUGCGUUCAUCAUGAUGGGAAAGCAUUCCAAUGAGGUGGCAAAGAUGAACGCCGACAUGACCACCGUUACAGAGGCAAUCGUAUCCGCAUUUCACUAUGGGCCCUAUGGGUUUGCCAAGGUGAUGGCAGACAACACCGAAUUCACAAUUGGAACUUUGAAGAAGAUCAUUGACCAAUCCUACCAGCGCAAACUUGGAAAGCAAGAUGCGUUGGACAUGGAGUUGUAA